AGGAGUCGGUUUCCUUGUGCUCCUGAUAUUCUUAUUCGUGGAAAAAAUUCGAUCGCGACGAGUUGGUGUCUAUGUCAUGCUUUCAAUUGUGAUUGUGCUGUUGUCUGUGUUGUUGGCUGCUCUUUUGUCACCUGUUGGACUGAAAGCUGGACUCAUAUCUCUCGCCUGUAUACUUGUGGUGGAAAUUCCAAUAGUUGUGACGGCUAUGCUCUUGCCUCAAAUGAAUCUGAAGGGGCUGAUAGUGUUUAACUCAGUGGCAGGGACUUUUGCGAUUGUGGGAGUCACCUUGAACGUUUUCUAUGUGUUCUUCAAACAACAAAUAAUUGUCUUACUGGCAGAAGCUUUCUGUAUAUUAUUCAUACUCUUC